UUUAUUUUCUCAUCUGAAUUCUAAUUUUUGUUUCAUAUUCAAAUUCUCCCUAUUGGUUCAUCUACUCAUAAGGACGUUGUUCAAAACCCAGGUUCAGUUUUCUGCAUCCUGAGUUCUACAACCAAUCCUCUGGCAAAGAAGAAAAGAUUAAAGGUCUAGCAUGGAAAACAACCUAAACAUUGAAAUUGCAGAACAAGGCUCUCCUGAAGUUCCAUCACUAAUUAAGUAUAUAUCAUCAAAUGAUGUUGCUGGCUUUGAUACUGUUGACUCUCAAUUUUCUACCCCAACUGUCAUAAGUGUAGCAACCUCACCCGGAAGACAACAUGAUGAACCUGUUAUAGUCAUCAAUCAUCAAAGGAAGCAAUCAAUUUCAAUCAGCAUGCCACUCUCUUCAGAAGAUGUUCAGCCACCGAACUUCGAAAGAGUUCACUUUAGUGGUGAAACUAGUUUCAGAGAUGGUGUUCCUAUUUCCUCUCCUCAUUCAGGAACUCCAGGUUCUUUGCCUCCGCAUCCAUCAAAAUGUUACUCUCAACCAAUGCCAAAAGGCUAUGUGCACCCAGAGGCAACUAAUCAUGUCAAAGUUUCCAACAAUCCUGCCAUCAAAAUGUUCAAGGAUAAGAGGUUUGACUCUUUUAAAACAUGGUCUGGGACUGGGACACUUGAGAGACAAUUAUCAAUUCUACGUGGAAAGUCACCAAGAAGAACUCCAGAAGACGAAAACAACAUGAGAAGCACUGAUAGGUCUUUACCUGUUGAUCGGUACUUUGAUGCAUUGGAAGGUCCAGAGUUAGAAACUUUAAGGUCUUCAGAAGAGAUAGUGCUUCCUCAGGACAAAAAAUGGCCAUUUCUUCUUCGGUUUCCUGUAUCAUCUUUUGGUAUUUGCCUUGGAGUUAGCAGCCAAGCAAUUCUAUGGAAAACACUGGCCACUUCUCCUUCCACUGAAUUUCUUCAUAUAAGCCUCAAAGUGAAUUUAAUCUUAUGGUUCAUUGCCAUUGCACUUGUUGCUACUGUUUUCACCAUCUAUUUUCUUAAACUUAUUUUCUACUUUGAAGCAAUUCGUCGUGAGUACUACCAUCCAAUCCGUAUUAACUUCUUCUUUGCACCAUGGAUAGCUCUCUUGUUCUUAGCUCUUGGGGUUCCCCCAUCAGUUACCAAAAACCUUCAUCAAGUUCUUUGGUACAUUCUAAUGACCCCAAUAUUCUGUCUUGAGCUUAAGAUUUAUGGACAGUGGAUGUCUGGGGGCCAAAGGAGGCUUUCAAAGGUGGCUAAUCCUUCAAAUCACUUAUCAAUUGUUGGAAACUUUGUUGGGGCCUUAUUGGGUGCAUCUAUGGGUCUAAAAGAAGGCCCCAUUUUCUUCUUUGCUGUUGGGCUGGCUCACUACACAGUCUUAUUUGUAACUCUAUACCAGAGACUUCCCACAAAUGAGACCCUCCCAAAAGAGCUCCAUCCAGUGUUCUUUCUUUUUGUUGCAGCACCUAGCGUUGCUUCCAUGGCCUGGGCUAAGAUGCAGGGUUCUUUUGAUUAUGGAUCAAGGAUUGCCUAUUUCAUUGCCUUGUUCCUUUAUUUCUCACUGGCUGUCAGGAUCAAUUUUUUCAGAGGAUUUAAAUUCUCGCUUGCAUGGUGGGCCUAUACUUUUCCGAUGACUGGUGCAGCAAUUGCAACCAUAAGAUACUCAAAUGAGGUCACUAAUAUUUUUACUAGGAUACUAUGUGUUAUAUUGGGUCUCAUCUCCACACUCACAGUAAUAACACUGCUUGUAUCAACUAUAUUGCAUGCCUUUGUCCUCCGAGACCUAUUCCCCAAUGACCUUGCUAUUGCCAUAAGUGAUAGAAAGAGAAAACAACAUGCGAAGUGGUUUCAUUUUAGCUAUGGGAGCCAAGAUUCCAAAGAGAUUGAAAAUUACUUGAAGUUUGUGAACACGGAUAAAAUUGAUUUAGAAGCUUCUACUCCACUACCAUCUUCAAGUUCCACAGAGGAUUCACCAUCUGUCUGAGGGUAUUUGUUAGUAUUGUACUUAAUUAGUGCUUCCAAAGACAGAAAAUUAUGAGUGUUUUGCCUAAUAAUCUUCAGAGUAGUCAAACAUGAGAGGAACAAAAGUAGGAGUUUGGAUUGUUCCAGUGACCAUGUAUAGUUAAAUAUGAAGGUUUGUGUAGAAAGAACAGAGUUUUGUAGAUAC